UUUACGAUAAGCACAGCCCCCGCAUCCGCACCCACGAGGCAUUGUCUAAAGAUAGGGUUCCACUGGUCGUGUUCGCAUUGCCUGACAUGGCUCUCCCUUUUGCGGCAACCUUAUUUUCCUUUCCUGCGCAGCCUCUGCACCCACAUCUCCGCAUUGAAACAUGCCGCCGCCAAAGCUGGCUCCUAGCCUGUCGUUCAAACGGAUUUCUCCAUCGGCUUUCAUCCACCAGGUGAUAGGAGACAGCGAGCUAUCCACCGUGCAUCUACCCACCGCUACUCAGCUUCAGCCGGGUAUAAAUCAUCAUCUGCGGCUCCUCCUGCGACUGAAAUGGAUAUUGCAAGCCCUUUCGCACACCAUCCCCGCCGAACGCGGUAAAGACCUAGCUCAAAGUCUCUUGAACCUCAAUGGUGACGUCCUCCUGCGCGUCCUAACAUACGUCUGCGAUGUCUCCGGCUCCGUCCGCCCACAACGGGACGCGCAUUCAGAGUAUGCUGUCCUUCGACGCGUUACUCUACAAUUCCUGACAUGCGCUGUGCAUCUCCUAGUCAGGCUGAAGACCUCGUGGACGAGGGAAGAGAUGGAUUGGGUCCGUGAUCAGAUUCAAGAGACGGUCCAGGGAUGGUCACGGCACGUGCCUGUUUCACUUGUAGAAGCCUCAAUCAUCAAGGAGGUGCUAGCCUUGGUGUCGACCGCUCCCUCUUCUUCUGGGAAAGAUGGGGUGGCUGGAACCCCUGUUAGUACCUCUAGCGAUCCUGCCACCAUCAACGUCGCUUUCGAUCACCUCCUAGGCCUGGAUCUACUACCAUCGGGUGAUCAGGCGCGAAGCUUCUGGACCAUACACGACUGGCUUCUCACCAUGGAGUGCGAGCGGCGGGAUACUCAUGAAGCCGAUGUUACGCUCGCUGUUUACCGCGAGGCCCUCAGUAAACUGCGUGCUCGCCCCGAUCACCAUUACUCAUUUCCUCUGGCGACCUAUAUGUUCGAAGAGCUGGCGGUCCAUACGGCCUCUAUGCAUCAGCUCCUCUCGCAUGAAGAGAUCGUGCCCGAUAAUCAAAUGCUGAGUCACAUGCUUCAAGUAUUAGGAUCGGAAGCUGCUGCAUUCAGCGGAUCGUUUCCGGAGUAUGUCACUGUCGUGGAGGCUCGACAGGAGGCCGCACCUCCAGUACCCGCGUUACCGUCUCCGGCUCCAUUCCCUACACCACGUUCACCUCCAACGAGCCCUAGCCGAAGUGCGAAUCCGUCUCCUAUCACGCAUUCGGGGAUGCCGUCCAGAAAGCUUCUGGCGAACGUGGAUGAUAUCUCCGUACCGCCGCCGGCCCAGACAAGGAUGCAGCCUCCCCGUCCCCAGCCAGUUUCAAGAAUCACCGUUCCCGCGACCGCUGCUGAGGUUCGAGCCUCCCACUCCUCCGCCGACCCAGUGGAGCUGCCAACGCGAAGGCCAACCCAUCGACCUCAAUCUCCGAGCGUGCCUUCUAUCCAGAUUGAUAGCGGCUUGGAAGUGGUUGAAGAGCCUAAUUUUGAUUCCAGUUCGGAUUUUGAGAAGAUGAUGAUGAAGCCGCAGCUUGGAUUGCGACCGCUUAGUUUUUACCAGGGCGGCGACACACGAUCCAUCAGCGGUAUUUCGUCCAUUGGCUCUGUCUCUAGCAGAAGCAGGAGUCGCCUCUUUAGUAGAUUCGGCGGUUCGAAGAAACAUACUGUGAGCCCUCUGCCCGCAAGCCUAGAGUUUUGUUUCUCGAAUUGCGCCCAGCAAGCAAUCUUCUGGUGUAAGAAGAACCCCGAUUCGCUAGUCCGGGUGCAACACCCGUUCCAACAGGGCGAGCGCUUUGAGAUGCUCAUACCAAAUGCUUUGGCCCCGUCACCAAACAAACCGCAGAGUCGGAGCAUUCGCCUGCUUGCGGCGGCGACGAAUGCGGUAGUUGCUCUCGUUCAUAUUGAGGAGAGCCGUUGGUUAUAUGUCUUGCGCGAUGAUGCAUUCCAGCCUCUGAUUGCACUACCUGACUCUACUCCAGCCAUACUCAGCUUGUGCCUUUCGCACCACGGAAAUAAGAUCGCGCUCGGUUGCGGGCACUUUGUCUUAAUUUACACACUCUUGAACGGGCGGCUAUCCGGACCAUCGCGAUUAGACCCGCUUGCCAGCCUAGGGAGUCGCGUGGUCAGACUUCAGAGAAUGAACUUCUCGACUGAUUCGCGGCGACUGAUUUCCGCCGUCCAAGUAGAGCACAACACCCACAAGCAUGCUGUGUUCGUAAGCAUUUGGAGUGUCACAGAGCCCAAGUACCGAUUGGAGGCCCAACUAGACCCAGUCUAUCUCACAGUGGGCUAUUCCGACGACACAGGAAUCACCUCCAUCUUUCUGGCCGGCCAAUCCGACUCCCUCACAGUCCAGCAAGCCUUCCUCACCGCCGCGCUUUCCAAAUCCUACCCUUCGAUCCUGCCCAUUGCCCCCGGUAUGCGCAAUCAGCACCUCGACAUAUCCGACAAGCGUAUCGACGGCGCUAUCCAAUGCGCGUCGCCCCUAUCACCGCACUUGUGUGCAAUCAGAUCAGGCCGCAACAAGAUGUUCGUGGUCGACGUGCGCACGGGAACGAUGGAGAAGCUGGCCGAUUUCUCGGCUGAGAGGAAGAGCUUGCAUCUGCGGCAUGAGCACGUGGCGUUGGGGAUGCAAGGCCCGGAUAGGGUGCGUGCGCUGUGGAGGACGGCGGAUGAGGGUUUGGUGUUGAAGACGAUGGCGCGGGGCGCGGAUGGGAGGUGGGGAGUGAAGACGAUGGAACUGGGUGCGAUCUAUAGGCAAGCGGCUGGAUUGGUAUAGAACAAGUGCGGAAGUAUAUAUCUACUAUACUACGACAUGGAAGGUAGCUCCAAGGUCAUUGUACUUCUACCUACACGGCUUGGGGGGCUAAGGGGGGGCAUGACCCGCGAUGGAAUCUUUGUG